AUGAGCUCUGAAAACCUACUUAACCCUGAGACCCUACAUAGGGCACUGGAAGGGUCCUUAUCUCCCGAUCAGGCUGCGCGUAAACAGAGCGAAGAGUACCUUUUGCAGGUUUCAACACUCAAGGGAGCUAUACCGUUGCUACUGUCUCUUAUCUCCGCGGAACAGGUCGUAGACACAGUCAGACUCGCGGGCGCUAUAAAACUCAAAAAUCUAGUUUUAUCACAAUGGAGGGACGAUAAAACAAUAUGUGCCGAAGAUAGAGCGGCGCUGUGGAACAACUUAUACGAUGCCGUCCUCUCUGUAGGACCGAACAAUGACGCUAUCAGGAGACAGUGCUUUGAAAUAUUGCGACAUAUUGUAUUUAACGCGCAACAAGGCGACACCAGCUCACUAAUACAACGUGUAAGGACGGAUAUUGAGCAGCGUUCCAACGGUGAUAGACUGAUAUGUGCCCUCAAAGUAAUCCGAAAACUCAUGUAUCGUUACGAAUACCACACUAAGUCGCUAACACAGGAAGUGAACGCAAUAGUAGAUGUGUUCUUCGAUCAACUACUCAAGGUCGCCCAGGAUGCGUCAGCCGCUGGGUUAGAUGCACCUGAAGCGGCAGCUUGUAUCCAUCAAGUGCUCAAAGUGUACUUCUCCAUGGGAUUGCUCACAUCACCCACAACGGACACAGUAGAAAAAACAAUUCAAGCAUGGAUGGCCCUGGUAAGAUUCGUUCUCGACAGCCCGGUGUCAUGGAAUGCCGUGGCAGCGCCAGGAACCCAUCCCAUGCUACCAUAUGUAGAACUACCUGAUGAGGAAGAGGCGCGCCUGCACGCAAUGCCACGAUUCAAGUGCUUCAAAUGGGCAUUACAUAUACUUACCAAGUACAUGUCCAGGCAAGUACCGAGGAAGGAAAAUAAAGAAGAAGGGAAAAGGCAUUAUACAAGGUUCAUCAAAGACGGUUAUGCAGAGGAGUUCGCCAAAAAACUUUUGGUACUCAUGCAGGCAGAAGCUACGGGAAGUGUAGUCUUGACAAACCACAUACAUCAUAAAAUAUGGACAUAUCUCAAAUACGCAGUCGCGUUCCCAGCAAUAUAUAACACUGCCAUCAAGCCGUGUGCAGCGGUCAUUGUACAAAUGCUCUUCCAGACGUUCGCAUGUAACGUAAACGAUGAACAGAUGUACUCAGAGGAUCCGGAAUCAUAUAUUCAAAGUUGUGCUGACGUAAGCUUCCAACUUUUGUCACCAAGGGGCACAGCUGCGGACUUUAUCAAGGACGCCUGCAAACUCAGGAGGCCCGAUUUCGUACCAAUUGUUAUAUCAGCAGCAAGGGAUGUAUUCAGCGACCGUGAAAGUCCGGUAUCUGUAGUAUACGGUGUCAUGUGCCUUAUUGGACACGCCGCUAACAGCGUCUUGCAAAACACCAAAAAGGUAAACAAGAAACGUGUAUCGAAUCAAGUUGAAUUGUCGGAAGAACAACUUUUAAAUGGAGAAGCAUUCUUAGUCGGAUAUGUAUUGCCACUGCUUGGGUCAACGGAUAAAUGGUUGAGAAUGCGAAGUGCAUGGCUUUGCGGACGCGUAGUAAUGACCAUUAGUGUAUGGAGGGAUUCGCAGACCCUACUUAAAAUUUAUUCUAGACUUGUUGAACUUCUCAAUGACGAGGAAGUCAUUGUCUCCGUUAUGGCCACCAGCGCAGUCCUCUCGUUCUUCCAUAACUCGGACGAAACACUGCAAAAGACAAUCGUGGAGUACCUCCCACACCUACUACAAAGCCUAUUCAAACUCAUGGAGAGAAUCGAAUUAGAAACCGUUGUGUCGACGUUAGACGAAAUAGUAGACAAGUAUUCGGUGGCUGUCCUACCAUUCGGAGCACAAAUCACAGAAAACGUGUGCAACGCUCUAUGGAGUAGCAUAAGCAGUGAAGGAGCUUUGGCCAAGGACGCGGAUUAUACCUCGAACGAUGAACAGGUAUUGGCACGGUGGUCAAUGGUACAAACACUAACAUCCAUCGUGAGACUUGCAGCAGAUGCCGACACUGAAAACAUGACCGCCGGUGACUGUGAAAUGUUUGCCAAAAUCACGAAAAAAACAAAUGAACUGCUGAUUUACCUAUACGAGGCUCUAGAUAUUGAUAGACUUAUGGACUUCCUCGACGACCUUGCAUACAUUCUAAGCUACCUCGCAAAAAUCGCCAACAAAGUUGUGACAUUUGCCGGAGAAGAAAAGGCGGCAGCAAUGGGUGUACGAUUCGACGAUCUAUGGAGGAUUAUGGGAUUGUGUAUGAAGGCAGUUGCUGGUUAUCAUGAUGUGGAUUCCGCCGAAGAGGGCGAACUGCCAGCAAUCAUGGUGGAAUUAAGUGUUUUACGUGACCCUGUGAGAAGCCUACUUGCCCAUGCUCCUAAUGGGUUCACAUUUGAAAUCGCUGUUCAACUAUACACUUUGUGCCAGCGUGCAAGCAUAGGAGAUGACGCGCGACAUUCUGAGCGUCUUCUUGCGGAUGUAUUCGAGAUCUGCAUCAAGAAUCGUGCUUGUGACAGAAUUCUGCAGCCCGCAGCCCAGGAACUCACACGCAGUGUUGUGACCCAUUUUGAGGCUAUUACAGAAACGCCCUCCUAUUACAAAUCCAAGAUUAGAUAUGUUGCGAUAAUACUUAUAUACAGCUGUGGAGAAAAUCCACCGCUCAAAAGCUUGGAGAGUGCCGACACUCUUAUAAAAGUGAUCAUGAACGUCUCUCCAGGGGAAAGAUCCAAGUACAUGAGAAAGCUGUAUAUGAUGUGCUUAACGUCGCUCAUGCAGAUCGGAAUUAGGAUGUGCGACGGCAAAAUGCUUUCUGACACAGUAGACCAACUGUUACUAGAAGAGUCAGGGGGACUCGACGGAGGUAACAUGUACCCAGAAAUCGAUGAACUCGAUGACGAAGAAUUUGAAAGUGAUAGCGUGGAUUACGAUUACUGUUCGGAUGAAGAUGAUGAUGACGACGACGAUUACGAAGAUGAUGAGGACUACGAUGACGAUGACUUCGAUGAGGAGUAUUUUGAUGACGGGUGCUCUCCACUAGACGAAAACGCAGUCAGCGAGAUGAAGCGCAUGAUCAUGGAAGGCAAGUUUUCGAAAUGA